CUGAGGCGGGAGUCUCUAGGGUUUCGCAAUGCUCCGACCCGUGGGGAUUCAUGGCGCCAAAAGGGCGAGAUUUGGAUCUCCAUCGUCUCCAACGCUCCUAUGAGAACCCUAAUUCGAGCUCCUAUUCCCCUCAGAUUGAGGCGGAGACCAUCAAAAUCGAACCUUUCCUUCUCCUCCUCCUUCUCCACCACCACCACCACCUCCUCCUCUUCUACUCCCAAUACCACCAUUUGUAACCCUAAUUCCGACGACGGUUGCUGCGCCGCCGCCGGAGAAGGGACCGGAGACUACACUAUUGUAAAGGAAGGAGAAGCGGAUAUUCUCAUGGAUUCCUCAAAUAGCGUCUUCUACAACAAGGCGCAGGUUAACAACAGAGACUUGUCGAUUGCUGUUUUGAGAACUUUUAUUUCAAGACGCAGUGAAGAGCAUGCUGCCAUGUUAAGUAAAAUGGUUGGUUCAGGACCAAAGGACCUGAAGGCACCUAGAGUUCUUGAGGCUUUGGCUGCUUCAGGGCUAAGAGCUCUGAGAUAUGCUCGUGAAGUAGAUGGAAUUGGUGAAGUCGUGGCUUUGGACAACAAUAAAGUUGCUGUAGAUGCAUGCAAGAAAAAUAUCGAAUUCAAUGGUUCUCAUGUUUCUUCAAAGGUGGUAGUACAUGAAGCUGAUGCUCGAGUUUAUAUGCUCACCCACCCAAAGGAAUUUGAUGUGGUUGACCUUGAUCCUUAUGGAUCGCCAGUUGCAUUCUUGGAUUCAGUAGUACAGACACUAGCUGAUGGUGGUCUGCUAAUGUGCACUGCUACUGAUAUGGCGGUGCUCUCUGGGGGCAAUGAAGGGGUUUGCUUUUCUAAGUACGGUUCUUAUCCUUUGAAAGGAAAGUAUAACCAUGAGAUGGCUCUGAGGAUUCUUCUCGCUUGCCUUGAGAGUCAUGCAAAUCGCCACAAGCGCUAUAUCGUUCCCAUCCUCUCUGUGCAAAUGGAUUUCUAUAUCCGGGUUUUUGUGCGCAUCUUCACUUCUGCCAGUGCAAUGAAAUGCUCCACGCUUAAAUUGUUGUAUGUGUAUCAAUGUGUUGGUUGUGAUUCAUUUCAUAUGCAAAGCCUCGGAAGAGUUGUUUCUAAGAACAACAGUGUGAUGUACGCACCUGGAUUUGGUCCUAUAGUACCUCAAGAGUGCGGUGAUUGUGGAAAGAAAUUUAGUAUGGGAGGACCUAUAUGGUCCGCACCUAUCCAUGAUCAUGACUGGGUACCUUCCAUUAUGUCAAACAUUAGUGCUAUGAAGGAUAGAUAUCCAGCAUAUGAGAGAAUUUCAGCUGUACUAACAUCAGUAUCUGAGGAAUUGCUCGAUGUCCCUCUCUUUGUCAAUGCUCAUAGCUUGUGCUCUACUCUCAAGUGUACUUCUCCAACCAUGGCUAUGUUCCGUUCUGCAUUGAUAAAUGCUGGCUAUCGGGUUUCCGGUAGCCAUGUGGAUCCACUAGCACUCAAAACUGACGCCCCGAUGAACAUAAUUUGGGACAUCAUGCGCUGCUGGAUCAAGAUUCAUCCAGUGAAAGCUCACGCAGCGAGUCAGCCAGGGACCAUAAUCCUUUCCAGAGAACCAAUCCUGGAAGCAAAUUUUGCCCAACCGGUGGAUCAUCUCAGCAAAUCACGGGUCAAGAAGCUGCCACGGUUUCUCCCAAAUCCUGAAAGGUACUGGGGGCCUAAGAGUAAGGCAGGAAGACAAGUUAAAUGCAAUCUCAGUCCUGCGGAUGAAGACAGAAAUCGAGCAUCGAUUGAGACACCGAUAAGCUAGGUUACGGGGAGCCGUAGGAAAGAGAGAGGGUAAAAUGUGUGGAUAGUCCCCGUGCUGUCCUGUUAUUUCGAUUCAGUAAACACAUUUCUCUCAGAACUCUCACUAGUAUUUCAAUGUAGUCCCUCCAGAGUCAUAUGUAGAAAACAAACCUAAUGCUUCUCAUGAAAUGACUCUAUGUUGAUCUACUUCGAAUAAAGUUUCAAGGCUGAGUUAGAGACAUAGAGGUUGAGAAUGUACUCCGGCGUUUAGUGGUGCAGGGCAGCUUUCUGAGCAUUGCAAA